UCAAGUAAAGUUGAUGGAUGUGGAAACGCUGUAGAAGCAUAAUUUACCAUCUUAAUUCUUUCCCUUGAUCUUGAGGAGCCGGAAGGGCUGUGGCCGUCACUGGGAUACAAUGUCAGAGCCUUCCAAGCACUUCGCUUGGGCCGUGUGCCAUGCGAUGCUUCCGCCCACCCCCUCACUUGGUCACCACAACAGUCAGAUGGGGUUAUCCAGACCCACUGUGAGGAAGUGACUUUUACCUGGGGGAGACUCUGGCCAGGGUAGAGCUAAAGCUCCUGAAACUUGCAUUUUUGGACAGAACCCUGGGGAUUUCCACCAGGGCAGCGAGCACCCUCACCGAGAAUUCUGGGCUCCCUCAAGGUCCCGGGGAACACAGCAGCCAUCAGCUGUGACUCUCUGCCGAUGUCCCCAGGGAGGAGGAGGAGGAGGAAGCCAGCAGCCGCCCAAGAAUGACUGGACACUCCUAAAGCGUUCUGUCACCAUCCAGGGGAUUUUUUGCACCACGAAGGGUAAUUCCUGCCCCAUCCCUGCUGUGACUCAGCUGUGACGUUGAACCACACAAGCCGACGAAAAGAUAAAGUCGUCAGACUCCUGCUCACCAGACAGAACUCACCUCUUCUCUCAGCACAGAUUCCACAGGGCUGGUCUCCUCCCCACAGUUGCUUAGACCGGGAGCCCCUGGCCAACCUGGGACCCCAGGAUGGCGUCUGGCCCAGCCAGCAGCCCCCACCCAGCCCCUGAUGAGAACGAGUUUCCCUUUGGGUGCCCCCCCACCGUCUGCCAGGACCCAACAGAGCCCAGGGCCCUCUGCUGUGCGGCCUGUCUCUCUGAGACCGUGAGGACCAGCGAGGACCGGCUCUGUCCAAAAUGCAGAGGGGAUGACCCCCAGUCUGUAAGCCCGGGAAGCCUCCUGUCUCAGGAGAAGGAUCACCCUGAGGAGGCUGAGGCUGAAGUUGGGUGCCCCUUUGCUGGUGUUGGCUGCUCCUACAAGGGGAGCUCAAAGCUUCUGCAGGAGCAUGAGGUCACCUCCCAGACCACCCACCUAAACCUGCUUUUGGGGUUCCUGAAUCAGCGGAAGGCCCAGCAGGGCGCGGGCCUGAGCUCUAGGCCCAUGGCCCUGGAGCAGAAUCUGUCAGACCUGCAGCUGCAGGCAGCUGUGGAGGUGGCGGGGGACCUGGAAGUGGACUGCUACCGGGCGCCCCGCUCUGAGAGCCAGGACGAGCUGGCCCUGCAGCACUUCAUGAAGGAGAAGCUCCUGGCUGAGCUGGAGGGGAAGCUGCGCGUGUUUGAGAACAUCGUCGCUGUCCUCAACAAGGAGGUGGAAGCCUCCCACCUGGCUUUAGCAGCCUCCAUCCACCAGAGCCAGCUUGACCGCGAGCAUAUCCUGAGCUUGGAACAGCGGGUGAUGGAGCUGCAGCAGACCCUGGCUCAGAAAGACCAGGCCCUGGGCAAGCUGGAGCAGAGCCUCCGCCUCAUGGAGGAGGCCUCCUUCGAUGGCACCUUUCUCUGGAAGAUCACCAAUGUCACCAGGCGCUGCCACGAGUCAGCCUGUGGCAGGACCCUCAGCCUCUUCUCCCCAGCUUUCUACACUGCCAAGUAUGGCUACAAGCUCUGCCUGCGUCUCUACCUGAACGGGGAUGGGACGGGGAAGAGGACCCACCUGUCACUCUUCAUCGUGAUCAUGAGAGGGGAGUACGAUGCUCUGCUGCCCUGGCCUUUUCGGAACAAGGUCACCUUCAUGCUGCUCGACCAGAACAACCGAGAGCACGCCAUCGAUGCCUUCCGGCCCGACCUGAGCUCAGCGUCCUUCCAGCGGCCCCAGGGUGAGACCAAUGUGGCCAGCGGCUGCCCGCUCUUCUUCCCCCUCAAUAGGCUGCAGUCGCCCAAGCAUGCCUACGUGAAGGAUGACACCAUGUUCCUCAAGUGCAUCGUGGAGACAAGUGCUUAGGGCGGGGAGGGCUGUGCCGGCCGCACCUGACUCCCGAGGGAGCACCAGAGUACACUGGUGUACUCUCAGUACGAUGACUGAGGUCCUGUCCAUGGCGUCCAGGAUCCCGGGGCACCGUGAUGGGCCAGGCCGGCAUGAUCUGAGCAGGACUGACUGACCAUGGCUGGCCGUCAGCUUCGGUGGCAGCGGGGCCCCCGGGCUGGGCCCACAAAGGUCCAGAAGGAGGCGGUAGCAGGAUUGUUGUCCUCUACGCUGACCACAGGACAUUGGAGUCACUCCAGCCCUGCAUGUUGAGGCAGCCUGUGACCAAGAUGGGGAGGGAAGAGGGACCGGGCCUGGGGCAUGGAGGGUGAGCAUGGGGAGGAGGAAAGAAGCUCUCUGAGCAGGGCAGCUCUCUGGACAGGAAGGUCUCUGUACUGGGGUGGGGAGGGCGGGGUGGCAUCAAGUUGGGACUUGGGUUUGAAGACCUUGAGGUUCCUUCCAGCCCAGAAAGCCUCCAGGUCUGGGCCUCCUGGUGCAGGAGAGUCCUAGGGCUGCAGGGGUGCUAGAAACAUUCAGGAGCCUCGUGGCCUCCAGGUUCCUCUGUCAUCUUCAGGGCCACCCCGUGGCCGAGCCAGCCUGCGCAGCACCUGCCACCCCGGGUCUGGCAGCCCCGUUCCCCAGCAUGCGGGGGCCGCGCAGGUCCAUGCUUCUGCUGGGAGGACUCCCCUGCACCUCCUCCAGGUGAAACCAGGUCCCUCAGCUCCCAGGAGCAGCGAGAAGAAAGGUGGAGGAGGGGGCCAUAAACCCUCCGCUCGCCCUCCCUCAGAGGCCCUACCUUCGGCGCUUUCCAGAAUCUCAUGUCACCUAAUUAACCGAGGUAUUUCCUUCUUUCAGUUGACUGAUCAGGGUCUCUGAGCCACUGAGCAGAGGUUGUCCUUUUAAAUAUGUAUAAAACCAAAGAAAGAGAUUG